AUGGUCACCUAUGUACCGACGACAAUAAUCACAUUAACCACAAUCUCAACCAUUCCUGCAAAAGAAAAUAAAUUCAAGGCUUUGAUUCCCUUUUCCAGUGGGACGGCUGCCGCGAUUCCUCCAAAAACCACGUUGGCAAAUGGUCCUCCUGUUCGACCUCUCAGCUCGUUAUCAUCAGCAUCAGCAUCAGCAUCAGCAGCAAUGGCAGCAGCAAAUGUUGAAACAGAGUUGAGGCAGCCAAAGACAACCUCUCUCCGUUUCAAUUCUUCGAUGACUUUCCAUCACCCAUCUCUUCCCAAGAUGAGCGGGUUUUUGACUGUUCGGAGGGCCGCUUGA